AUAUAUAUAUUUAAACCAUUGGCUUUGACUACUGUUUUGUUGAGAAAUUCAGCAUUAGUCAAUGCAGUUGCUUGAAAACAAUUCCCCCUUUUUCUUUCUUGUUUACAAAAAAAACAUUGGAUCAAUGGCUUGAUCAAGAUCAGCUUACAUUCUUCUUAUGGUAAGAUGGGAUUGCUUGAAAAGAAUGAUGUACAAAAGCCUCCAAAAGAGGUUGAGUUGGGUAGAGUUGGUGCAUCAACUUUGAUCAAAAUCUUCAAAUGGGAAUAUCUUGAGGUAAAAAGUGGAUUCCAUUUGCUAUAAAGAAAACUGGUACGGAUUGUUCCUUUGCCUUUCAUUCUCUGUCUAUACAUUCAAUAUGGAUAUUCUUAAGAUAUUGUUGUUUGUAAUAUUUGGUGUGUUUUUGUUUGGAAUUGAAAGCUUAGGCGAUGAUGGACUUUUGGUUUUUGACUACUACAAAGAAACAUGCCCCUUUGUUGAAGAUAUUAUCCGACGACAAGUCGAGAUUGCCGUGCUCAAAGAUCCUCGAAUGGCUGCUUCACUCCUUCGCUUGCAUUUCCAUGAUUGUUUUGUUAUGGGAUGUGAUGCAUCAAUUCUUCUAGACAGUAAUGACGAGAUGGUGAGUGAAAAACAAGCGGCUCCAAAUUUAAACUCCCUUCGUGGUUUCGAUGUUAUCGAUGAGAUAAAAUACUUAUUGGAAGAUGCUUGUCCUUACACUGUAUCUUGUGCUGAUAUCUUAACCAUUGCUGCUCGUGAUGCUGUUGAGCUCAGAGGAGGACCUGGAUGGCAAGUGCUGUUGGGGAGGAAGGACUCUCUGAAAGCGAGCUUUGAUGGAGCCAACAAAUACAUUCCUUCACCCAAUUCCUCUCUUGAGACCCUAAUUGCCAAUUUUCAUGAACAGGGCCUUGAUGUUUAUGACUUAGUUGCCCUAUCAGGAAGCCACACCAUAGGGAAAGCAAGAUGCUUGAGCUUCAGACAAAGAGCAUACCAAACGAGCGCAGAAGAAGAAUACGACAGAUACGAGAGAUACAACAGUUACCGAAGAGUCCUAAGGUCCAUAUGCCCUGAAACAGGGCAAGACCAGAGGGUAGCGCCCUUAGAUUUUAGGACACCGGCAAGGUUUGACAACCACUAUUUCCUCAACAUUCUUGAAGGGAAAGCCCUUUUGGGGUCCGACAAUGUGCUCAUAACCCAAGACCAUGAAGGUGAGAUCACAAGACAAGUUUGGAGCUAUGCCUCUGACCAAACCCUUUUCUUUGCUUCCUUUGUUAAGUCCAUUGUCAAGAUGGGGAACAUCAACGUCCUCACUGCCAAUCUCGGUGAAGUCCGAACCAAUUGUAGGUUUACCAAUCACUAGCUUUUUCUUUAUAUUUUUUUUUUUGGAUCGAGUGCUCGUUUAAUAUAGAAUUUUAUAGUAAGAGAUCUCGUGUUCCGAACCCUGUUAUGUUUUUUUAGAUUGACAAUGAUUUAACAUGUAUCAAAGCUUAAACUUUUAGGUUACAGUGUAUCAAUACUUUAACAAAUAUUUCAAUUUGAUCCGUUCAUUUUCAAUGUA